AUGAACAAUGAUAAUAACAUGAAUAGCAACAGCAACAACACUAAUGGCGCUGAGCAGGAUGGACGUCUGCAGUCGCUGUUGGGGACCCCCUGCAGCGUGCGUGGGGCAGACGCCAGCGUGAAGCGUGGACAACUGCUAGAGGUGCGCUACCUCUGGACGCCGGCGCUGCUCGGCACUGAUGUCCACGCAUUGCUUCCGCCGCCGCUCUACGGCUUCGUGCGCGUGAAGGAUGUGGACCACCGCCUAAGUGGCUGGUUUCCACUUGAGGAUAUUGAGUUGAAAGAGUCGAGGGGCAAUGGUAACAACACCAGCAGCAAUACUAACAAUAACACCACCGCUAUCACCAGCAGCUGCGGUAACACCGUUCCAGACUGCGGAUCCCCACAGCCAUCGAUAACGAGUCGCAUCAACAGACCAGUCCUGAGCUCUGUGUACUGUGAAGUGACCCCAGGGAUGGUCCGCACGCGCCGCGAGGAGAAGCAGCUUGACUUCUUUGAGGAGCGUCUCCUCCGUGACUGCCGCACACCCACGACAGUUCGAAACUUUGUGUACCUCUGUAACUUUGUCUUUGCUCCGUGGUACUACGCGCCCUACGGUAUUUUUCACGGCGAGUACGAUCCGAUGGCACCGAGCAGCAGCGGCAGCAGCGAGUUGCAACAACAACUCGGGUUGGUGGUGACAAGCCGAAAUCCGUUCAUCCGCGACGCCUACCUCUGUCCGUUCUCUCUCCGCAUUUACAGCACCUUUGAGCAAAUGCGUUAUGAAACGCUGCAGUACCGCUCAGGACGGCUACGGCCACCGGGUCAAGAGAUUUAUCGUGACGAGGCGCGUGGAUUCUCCAUGUUUGAAGUCAACGGCGGCCGACAGGUGACGUACUGCCGCCACCUAUUCCUCUUGGGCAAGUCAUUCCUCGAGAACAAGCUGGCGGGGCACGAUGUUCACAACUACUACUUCUACAUUGUCUGCCUCCACCAGCGGCACUUCCCUCAGUACGUGGAUGACCCCACGGCAAUGUACUUUGCUGGCUACUUCACCUGGGAGAAACAGGUGGCCGACAACAAUCUGGCGUGCAUCGUCACACUGCCGUGCUUUGCAGGUGGGGCGGCGCAGCAGCACGAUGCCCAGAAACCGCGACUGGGCCACUUUGGGCAGUUCAUGAUUGCCGCAAGUUACGAGCUCGCGUACCGCAGAAAACACGUCGGGUCACCGGAGAAGCCACUCUCGGAUUUGGGCGCCUCUGCGUAUGACCGCUACUGGCGCCGCGUCCUCAUAACGUGGAUGCACAAACUCCUCACCGACACCGCCGCGGCUGCUACCGUAAUUGAAGACAACACCAGCGACGAGGAGGCGGUGUCGGUCGUGGCAACACAGCUGGGUCGCAGGACAAAGCGACCACGCGCCGGUAGCAGCAGCAGCAGCAGCGGCGGCAACAACGCCGCAGAGGACGACGCAGACACGGUGGCAGUCAUGAGUGUAUGCGAGAUUGCGCAUCAGGCACAACUGGAGAAGGCGGAUGUCUUGCGGACGCUGCUCCACAUGGGGUUACUGCACCUCAACGCCGAGGACCGAAGUCUGCGGCUCGUGAUACCCGUUGCUUUUGUGCGUCGCGAGUACGCCAAGGCGAAGCAGCAGGCGAAGGACCUCAGCCGCGCGGAGUUUAACGCAGCGCUGCUGACGAGUCGCGGCGGUGUGGCGUGGGCAACGUCGUCUACGUCACUUCGCCAGCAGCAACAUCAGCAGAAGGGACAGCGCUAG